CCUUGCAGUGUGCGCUUGCGGUUGUAGCUCUAUAACCUAGCCUGUAGCAAGAGACUGAACUAGAUUUUCAACACCUUCGAACGCAGAGCAAACUCAUCAACAAAGGAAGUUCGCACUUACAGUAGGCUGCGAUACAUUGGAUUGCUAGGAAUCGAUCAGUAAUACGGAAGUGAAGUGUGGCGGCGUUUUUCCCAGCGGGGUACAUUCGCUCACGUUAAUAGCACGCACCGUGCGAAUUCUGCAAGAAGAAGCCCUCCAUUAGGCACGAGAAGGUUCACCAAAGGGAAUUUGAGUUACUUUAAUCCCAUCAGUAGCAAAGCCGGAAAACACCGUUCUUCAAAUGGCCGACAGCAAGAACGAGGAUUUGGCAACUGCCAUUCUGAAGCGCAAGGAUCGCCCGAACCGUCUGAUCGUUGAUGAGGCCGGCAAUGAUGACAAUUCGGUCAUUUCGUUGUCACAGGCGAAAAUGGACGAACUGGAGCUGUUCCGCGGUGAUACCGUACUGCUGAAAGGCAAGCGCCGCAAGGAAACGGUUUGCAUUGUCCUGUCGGAUGAGAACUGUCCGGAUGAGAAAAUUCGCAUGAACAGAGUAGUGCGCAACAAUCUGCGUGUCUGGCUCGGAGACGUAGUGAUGAUUCAAUCCUGCCCGGACGUAAAGUACGGUAAGCGCGUACACAUACUGCCCAUCGACGAUACGGUCGAGGGUCUGUCGGGCAAUCUGUUUGACGUGUACCUCAAGCCGUACUUCCUGGAGGCCUACCGACCGAUCCACAAGGACGACACUUUCGUCGUUCGUGGUGGCAUGCGUGCGGUAGAAUUCAAGGUAGUCGCAGCCGAUCCGGAACCGUACUGUAUCGUUGCCCCGGAGACGGUGAUUCACUGCGAAGGAAAUCCGAUCAAGCGCGAGGAGGAAGAGGAGACACUGAAUGCGGUCGGGUACGAUGAUAUUGGUGGGUGCCGUAAGCAGCUGGCCCAGAUCAAAGAGAUGGUCGAGCUGCCACUGCGUCAUCCGUCCUUGUUCAAGGCGAUCGGUGUGAAGCCACCGCGCGGUAUUCUCAUGUACGGUCCACCCGGCACGGGUAAAACACUGAUCGCACGUGCCGUUGCGAACGAAACCGGCGCUUUCUUCUUCCUUAUCAAUGGGCCGGAAAUUAUGUCCAAGUUGGCGGGCGAGUCCGAAUCGAACCUGCGCAAAGCGUUCGAAGAGGCGGAAAAGAAUUCACCGGCAAUUAUUUUCAUCGACGAGAUUGAUGCCAUCGCACCGAAGCGUGAGAAGACGCACGGUGAGGUGGAACGGCGCAUCGUGUCACAGCUGCUUACGCUGAUGGAUGGCAUGAAGAAAAGCUCGCACGUGAUUGUGAUGGCAGCAACGAAUCGUCCCAACUCGAUCGAUCCUGCACUGCGUCGCUUCGGUCGUUUCGAUCGUGAGAUUGAUAUCGGUAUCCCGGACGCUACUGGCCGGUUAGAAGUGCUUCGUAUUCACACCAAAAACAUGAAGCUAGCGGACGAUGUCGAUUUGGAGCAGAUUGCGGCCGAAUCUCACGGCCACGUGGGUGCCGAUUUGGCUUCACUGUGUUCCGAGGCGGCCUUGCAGCAAAUCCGCGAAAAGAUGGAUCUGAUCGAUCUGGAGGACGAUCAGAUUGACGCGGAGGUACUCAACUCGCUGGCCGUUUCGAUGGAAAACUUCCGCUACGCGAUGACGAAAUCGAGCCCAUCCGCGCUGCGCGAGACUGUGGUAGAGGUACCGAACACGACCUGGACCGACAUUGGCGGUCUAGAGAAUGUGAAGCGCGAGCUACAGGAACUGGUACAGUACCCGGUCGAACAUCCGGACAAGUUCCUCAAGUUCGGUAUGCAACCUUCGCGCGGUGUCCUGUUCUACGGGCCUCCCGGUUGUGGUAAAACGCUGCUUGCCAAAGCCAUCGCCAAUGAGUGCCAGGCGAACUUUAUCUCUGUCAAGGGCCCGGAGCUGUUGACGAUGUGGUUCGGCGAGUCGGAAGCAAACGUGCGCGACAUCUUCGAUAAGGCACGUUCCGCUUCGCCCUGUGUGCUGUUCUUCGACGAGCUGGACAGUAUUGCGAAGUCACGUGGCGGUAAUGUGGGCGAUGCGGGUGGUGCCGCCGACCGUGUGAUCAACCAGAUUCUAACCGAAAUGGACGGUAUGGGAGCGAAGAAAAAUGUGUUCAUUAUCGGCGCCACCAACCGACCGGACAUCAUCGAUCCGGCUAUUCUACGCCCGGGCCGUCUGGACCAGCUGAUCUACAUUCCGCUGCCCGAUGAAAAGUCACGCGAAGCUAUUCUGCGUGCGAAUCUGCGCAAGAGCCCGGUAGCGGAAGAUGUGGAUCUAAACUACGUGGCUAAGGUAACGCAAGGUUUCUCGGGUGCGGAUCUGACGGAAAUUUGCCAGCGUGCCUGUAAGCUGGCCAUCCGUCAGGCGAUCGAGGCGGAAAUACGGCGGGAGCGAGACCGUGCCGCAAACCAAAAUUCGGCUAUGGAUAUGGAUGAAGAAGAUCCGGUGCCGGAAAUAACGCGUGAUCACUUCGAGGAAGCGAUGAAGUUUGCCCGCCGUUCGGUAUCCGAUAACGAUAUACGGAAGUACGAAAUGUUCGCCCAAACGCUGCAGCAAUCUCGUGGCUUCGGGACCAAUUUCCGAUUCCCCUCGGGACAGGGCAGUUCAAGUUCGCAGGGCCAGGGUUCGUCACAACCGACGAGCAAUAAUCCCGGCGAUAACGGUGAUGACGAUCUCUACAGCUAGAUUGCCGCGGCUAUAGACACAUCUAUCCCUCUCCUUUAUUAGACUAACAAUUGCUCCGUUGCCACAGCUGCAGUCUUUCAACAUACAACAGUACACCGUUGCCCCUCGCGUGUGUUUGUGUGUCUUACACACAUUAUUGCCUUCACCUUUCACAAUCUUGAUUCUUUCUCCCAGUAUCUUUUAAAGCCGGCUAAUAGAGGAAGGGCGAAAACAAAAUGACUGGUUUAUAGUAGUAGUGCGUGAUGUAGAAAGUAGAAAUCAAUAGGACGGAAACGGAAGAUCGAAACAGUGCGAUUGUAGGAUGAACUCUGUUGUGUAGUGAAACACACGUUUCGCACCGCUCAACAUUAGGAGCAACAUAGCGACAGGGAAUUCGUGAAAAGAUAUGACGGAGAUCGGUUGCAACACUGAUAUUGUGAGGGUGAGACAAUACACAUGAGGCCGGCCAGUGCGUGCAUCCUCCAAUUCCAGCUCCAACGGUAGGGAACGUGCUGUGUAUGUAAGACUGCGAAACAGCAGCUUGUGGUAGCCUCUUAUUCAUAAUAAUGAUUUUGAAGCAAAUAAGAAAUGAGAUACAUUAAUUCUAAGACAAGCUCUCCUUACCUUUGUCCUCUCUUUAUUUUCCAAACACCCGAUCCCUUCAAUCCUUUAAGCCACACACUCCCCCUUUUGUGGUUCUUUUUCAUCAUGCGAUAACAGCAACACACAUAAAAAAGGUUCUCUUCAUUUCGAAUCAUAUUUGCAGCCCGACGUUAAUAGUAGAAAUAAUAAUUCACACCCUUAAAUCGUCAUUAUUGAGUAGGUUAAUACGUCGAUUCCAAUCCAUUUCUUGGUAGGAGGUUGUUGGAACGCGAUACGCGAAGGUGACAUUAGACACCCUCGAAGCGCAAAGGGAAUUACUACAAACAAUUCAGCAAUUCGUGUCCCUUUUUCAGUUACGGAAGUACAUUGCAGCGAUGCAGACAAUUUGUUUUCCCUCCCCCUGGGGACACGUUAAUAGUGACAGCGUGGUAAGCGUUCGCAUACUUCUACAAUUGUAUUUUUUACACUGAAAACAGAAACACUGGAAGAUAAUGGAAUGGGUGAAAAAGAAAAUAAACAGGAAGAAAAUAGGUACCAGACGUA